GUGCGGCAGCGGGACCCGGGCCGGGCCGGGCGGGCGGCCGGGCGCCAUGGCCGAGUCCCAGCUGAGCUGCCUGGACGAGGCGCACGUGAACGAGCGGGUGAGCGAGGCACAGGCCGCCUUCUACUACUGCGAGCGGCGGCGGGCCGCGCUGGAGGCGCUGCUGGGCGGCGACGAGCAGGCCUACCGCGAGCGGGUCCAGAAGGAGCGGCUGCGGGACUUCCUCUCCAGCCUGGAGCGCCAGGCCCUCCGCGCCGCCUGGAGCCCCUACGAGGACGCGGCCCCCGCCGCCCCCGCCGCCCGGGGCAAGAGCAAGGCCAAGGCCAAGACCCCGGCGCAGGCCCCGGCCGAGCCCAGCGAGUCCCUGGCCUACUGGCCCGACCGCUCGGACACUGAGGUGCCCCCGCUGGACCUGGGCUGGACCGACACGGGCUUCUACCGCGGCGUGAGCCGCGUCACCCUCUUCACCCACCCCCCCAAGGAGGAGAAGGCCCCCCACCUCAAGCAGGUGGUCAGGCAGAUGAUCCAACAGGCCCAAAAGGUCAUUGCUGUGGUCAUGGACCUCUUCACCGAUGGUGAUAUCUUCCAAGACAUUGUGGAUGCUGCCUCUAAGCGCCGUGUCCCAGUGUACAUCAUCCUGGAUGAGGCAGGCGUGAAGUAUUUCCUAGAGAUGUGUCAGGGCCUGGAGCUCACUGACUUCCGUAUUCGGAACAUCCGUGUCCGCUCUGUGACAGGUGUCGGCUUCUACAUGCCCAUGGGGAAGAUCAAGGGGACCCUGUCAUCAAAGUUCCUAAUGGUAGAUGGUGAAAAAGUAGCCACUGGCUCUUACAGGUUCACCUGGAGUUCCUCCUACGUGGACAGGAACCUUCUCCUUCUCCUGACAGGGCAGAACGUGGAGCCCUUUGAUGUGGAGUUCCGCGAGCUAUAUGCCAUCUCUGAGGAGGUGAACUUGUACCAGCAGCUGAGCCUGGCAGGAGGUGCUGGCAGGCUCGGCCCCAACUACUCCUCCACUGUGGCUCGCAAGCUCAUCAACCCCAAGUACGCUCUGGUGUCAAGCAGCCGCUGCCCGCCUGGGGAGAUGAUGCGCUGGGCCGCCCGACAGCAGCGGGAGGCUGGCGGUGACCCAGAGAGACAGGAGGAGGGCAGCGGAGGCGGCGAGUCUGCCCGGCGCCUGGAGAGCUUCCUGAAUGACCUGGUCACGCUGGAGCAGGUGCUGCCCCCCAUGGAGCCCAUUCCCUUGGGAGAGCUGACUCGGAAGGAUGGCAGGGUGGUCUCUCACCUGCACAUGGACCUGAAGCCCAGACCCCGAGAGGCGCUAGCCCGAAAUGGCAAGGGAGAAACUGCCAAUGGGGAGGCCCCCCCAGCCAGGGAGAGCAAGCGCUUUGGCAGCAGGUUCUUCAGCCGACGGGCCAAGAGGCCUGCAGCGCCCAACGGCACAGCGAGCUCCUUCUCCACCGAGACCUCUACUGAAGUGGAGUUUAUGAUGGGGAAGAGGCCCAACGAGGGCUCGAGUGCCAACGUCUCAGGUAAAACAAGCCCCGGUCCUACCAAGGCCAACAAUUGCGUGAUUUCCUGAGCCACGGGCCAGCCGUGGGCAGGACCUGUGGAUGCCCCCCUGUCCUGUCCUGUGGAGAACACAGGCCAAACUCUGCACCAGUUUGCACGUUGGACCCCUACUGGCCUCCUGCCCCAGCAGCCUUCAUCCUGGCCUCAGGGACCCUGAAUUCCAGAUGUGAGGAUCUGCAGCAUCUCAAGAUAAUCACACGCCUCCAUGAGACUAUUGGUGGCCGGGCAGGGGUCACUCCUCCUUGUUUACAUGAAGUGGAAGUUUGACUAGUAUCCGCUCUCCUUUAUGCUUGACCCCCUCCCUCCACUGGGCCAGCCUCGCCCUGCAGGUCCCUAGAGGGAGUGAGCCCAUGUCUUUAUACCUUAAUGUGCUAGGGACUCCAGAGCAGCCCAAGCCCCCUGACUACUCUUUCUCUGGGCUUCCUGGUGCUUCUGGGCCCCCAAGGAGGUUUGGUGGAAUAAAAGGGAAGAGGACAGGGCUCUGAGCCAAGGAUCCAGUCUUGCUCCAGCCUCCGAACUCAAGGUGGAAGGUGCAGCUGGGACAGCUAGGGCACUGGCUGCUGCGGCCUUCCUGGCUGGGUCCCUGCAGGCUCCUGCACUAGGCUGAAUGAAUGAGGGGAAGCCCUCCCCCUAGCCAGUGGCAGAAUUUGACACUGCCAUUUUGAGAGCCCUCUCCUGAGGUCUCCUUUCCGCCUGGCCUGCACUGUCUUGGCAGUCUCUGCCCCAGGCGGUCUCGGCCUCCUUGGCUAUUGCCUGCUGCCACCCCAUACGGUGGUUCUUCUCGUGCCUGUACCGGGGGCCGCUACCUCCCCUUAACGUGCCUUGAUUUGCAGCCCAAGGCAGGGAGAGAGAGCUUGGCAGAGGGCCAGUUAGGGUGGUGUGGGAGACUGGGCCCUGCAGACUGGAGCAUUUGUCCUGUCCCCCAUCCCCGAGGUGGCCCUUGGUCCCCUUCACCAGCCAGCACUUCCGUGCCUUCUCUAGUUACAUUUCAGCCGAAGACCAGCCUUAGCCUCCUGCCAAAAGCCAGGCUGUAUUUAGAAGCCUCAGCCUCCCCAAAGCAGCCUGGCCUAAUUGCCAGGACGCCGGGCCAGGGAGCCCAGCCUAAAAUCGCACGCUGCCCACUCCCCACUUGUGGGACUGGGGGCUCUGAGGACAGAGUUCUCGAAUGGACAAUGGAGAACUUGUCAAACUGCGGCUGUGCGAGCCGGCCCUGCCUUGGGGUGCUGAGGCUCAGCGCCCAGGGGAGCCGAGGGCUGCGGGCCCUGUGAAAGCACCAUGCACAGCCUCUCUCAGCCUUUUCCUUCUGAACCAAACUCUUCUCCUGUGUCUUUCCUUCUGCAAAACCCCGGGGCACGAGCAGCAGCUGGGGAGGGCCUCAGAUGUCUGCGAGGUGGCUGACGUAAGAGGCGAGCGGGGAGCGUUGACGGCGCUGAGGUGAACCAGGCGUCCUUUGAGAAAGCAGGAAGGGUGACGGCACCACGCGGUCGAGAAGAACCUGGCCUCUCUGGCGGUGGGGAGGGGCAGGGAAAGGAAGGGUGAGCGGGUUCCCAGGCUCCUCUGUUCACCCUGAGGUUAGCUUCUGAGGUGUUGGGAGGUGGGGUGCAAGGGGCCCUGACCCGCCUCCUGAGCUUUUGUGAGGAUUAAACGCUUCCUGAGAAGUGCUUCCUUAUGCACCAA